AUUCAUUUUUUUGUUUUGCUUUACUGGCAACCUGGCAACUUUGUAGAAUUUUGUCUCUUUCACAAACAACAUAGAGCUGUCUCUUUCUUUCUUUAGUAACCUCUUUGGCAAGUCAAAAUGAAGUACGUUUAAAUUUUGUUUUUUAUCUAAUUAUAUCUUUGUAAUCAUAUUAAAAUGUUGUUUAAAACUGGUUAUUUCUAGGAUGUGAUGUGACCCUUUUGUAAAAUGUGCAAUAUAUUUUCAGGAUCGGCCUGUGCGCAUAUAGCGGAUAUAAGAUUUAUCCCGGCCAUGGGAAAACCAUGGUUAAAGUGGACGGGAAGUUUUACAUUUUUAAACUCAAAAUGUGAAGCUGCACACCUCAUGAGGAGAAAUCCUCGUAAAGUGACCUGGACUGUCCUGUACAGACGUAAGUUCAAGAAGGGGCAAGAAGAGGAGCAAACCAAGAAGCGCACUAGGAGGACCCAAAAAUUCCAACGUGCUAUUGUUGGUGCUUCACUCAGUGACAUCAUGGCCAAACGUAAUAUGAAACCAGAAGUACGCAAGGCUCAAAGAGAUCAGGCUAUUAAGGCAGCCAAGGAACAGAAAAAAUCUACAAAGGCAGCAAAGAAAGCUGCUGCUCCUCCAACAAAAGCAAAGGCUGCACCUAAGGCCAAAGCGGCCAAAGUCAGUCAAAAGUCUGCACCUCGUGUAGGAGGAAAACGAUAAGACCAUUAAUAUAAAUCUUUAGAAAUAUUUUUCUUUU